AUGACGAUGACGAUUAUGUUCACCUAUAGCCAAGCUGCUGAGAAAGCUGCUGAAGGAAUGGCGGAAAACUUGGAAGACACCAAGGGGCAUAGCAUCAAGGAAUGGGUUUCUAUCAGUAUGGAUACUGACGUCUUCAAAGAGGAGGCUCCAAAGCAUUCUGAUAAUCCGGUGGUGGAUUACGAUGUCAAUCUUGGCGAUUCUGACCAGGAUUCCGACAAAUAUCCAGUAGAUGCAAUUGAGGACAGUGACCUAGAAAUGGACCCUCUCAAUCUUCCUUUAGGUUCGGAUGACAAUGAGGGAGACGGUACCGAUGAUGGUGACGGUGGGGGAAACGCCUUGCAUGGAAAUAAAAAUUCUAAAUCGGUGUCUCGGUCGGUACAAAAUCGAAGAUUUGUUGGUGAGACGUCGGGUCCCAACUUUGUUGAAGAAAUGAAGAUAUGUGGCGAUACCGUGGACGAGAUUUUGAAAGCUGUUUGGAGAGUUAUUGAGCCGGUUAUCUGCCGGGAAGCUCUUUUUGUUGAGGAGAAUGGCCAGGAAGUUCCUCUCUGGGCAGAUAGUGAGCCAGUGUACGCGAACCUGGGAAAGUUUAUUUUCAUGGCGAAUAAGAAUCGUAGACGCAUAACUGUCGAGCAGAUCGACAGCAAGUUUUUGAUCAGCUCGCGCGAGCAAAUCGUUCCCAUCUACGUUCAUGUUUACUCCAACACUGUUUCCUGCAAACAACGAUGGGAAAUGGUAAGUAAACAACUGGUGCAAUUUCAAGAUUGUGAUCGUGCGGGGGCUCCUAGCAACCAAUCUCUUUCUGAAUUGGCUGAUGAGUUGAGAGAAAUUCAUGGUAGAGACUUCUCCGGCCAAGCAUUUGCAUGGAAGCUAUGGGCCACUCAUAUACACGCAGCACCGGCACACGACAGAGAAAGGAGGAAGACUGAACUGCCGCCCCAAUCUGUUAUCAAAUUCUUUCGAUCAGUUCCGACCUCGGAAGCUGUUCGGAUGGAGAACACACGGAAUGGACUGACCGUUGCCAGCACCAUCAACGACGCAUACACCAUGCAGGACAGCAUCAGGCCGGAGGAGAGUACACUAAGCCGUUCUCUUGCUGACAACGUUUCGGAUAUUCAAGAUAUGGAUCAUAUGUAAAUUUUAAACAACAAAUCAUGUUUAUACUUGAUUCGAUUAUUGCUCUUUUAUGUUUGAAAUAAAGCGAUAAAGCAGUUUUGUUCUUGUUUUUAACUCAUCCUCUUUCCUUUACUGAUUAUUUGACUGUGACGCAUCAUUCAACAUUCCUACUGAAGGAUCAAAUACUCCCCCUGGUGAAUACCCACAGUGCCGAAAAAUAUUUGUGCAGUCGUAAUUUUCCAGCUCCAUGAACGUGUCGAAAGCUAGAUGGGAUAGGUUUUGAUUUUUGUUUUCCAGAUACUUUUUCUU